UCAAACAUUUGAGAUAUGAUACAACAAAAAUGAUAAGUAAGAUUUACCAUAAACAUUUUACCCAUCCUAUUUUUUUCUUUAUUACUUUAGUCUUUUUGUUGGAAUCAUUUACCACUACAACUGCCCUUUUCGGGUCUCUAACACAACCUCCCACUUCCCUUGGCCACCGUACCGGUAAGUGUACCAAACAGGAGAGACAAGCCCUGCUUCAUUUCAAAUCAUACAUUCAUUAUGACCCUUAUGGCUUUCUCGAUACAUGGACACCCGAAGAAAAAGAAAAAGCAGCAACCAGUGAUUGUUGUUACUGGAGUGGAGUCACAUGCAACAAGCAUUCUCGUGUCACAAGCCUUGACUUGUACUCUGGAAAUCUUGAAGGCAAGCUUAGUCCUUUGUUGCUUAACUUAAGCCACUUGAAUUAUCUUGAUAUUUCUUCCAAUUCGUUUAACGGAACGAUUCCAAUGUUCAUUGGUUCCAUGACCCAAUUAAGGUAUCUUAACCUUGGUUGGAAUCAUUUUAGUGGAACCAUUCCUUCAGAACUUGGAAACCUCACAAACUUGCAAGAGCUUUCACUUGAUUUUCUAAGUAGUUGCACUGUUGAAAACCUAGAUUGGUUGUCUCAUCUGUCUCACUUGGAUAAACUUUUCAUGUCAGGUACUUCUCUUGGCAAAGUAGACCACUGGGUAAAUGUGAUUUUAAGUCUUAAAAAACUAUCAGCUUUAUAUUUAAAUGGAUGUGACCUCUCCCUUGUCGUGCACCCAUAUGUCAACUCUUCUUUUUCUUCAUCUAUUGUUACCCUUUCUCUCCAAGAAAACAAUCUCAACUCAUCAAUGUAUCACUGGUUGUUGCCGUUAACUAGCAAUGCACUUGUAGAGCUUGAUCUCUCUAGGAACAUGUUAGAUGGGAUUCCCAAAUAUCUUGGAAAUCUGUGUGGUUUGACAUCUUUGUAUUUCUAUAGUAACUUAAUGCCUGUCAAGUUACCUGAUUUUCUGAGAAACUUGUCUGGAUGCACAUCAGUUACUUUACAACAUUUAGAUGCCACAUCUAGCCAAUUCACAGGGUCGGUGUCAGAUGAUAUCCAAAAUUUUUCAUCCCUACAAGAUCUAUAUCUUUAUAAUAAUCAGUUAGAUGGAACUAUAAGUGAAAAAGUGUGGCAACUACCCAAGCUUCAAACACUAUACGCUUCUUCCAAUUUACUUAAAGGUGUCAUCUCCGAAAAUAUAGAAAAGUCAAAUAUUUUAUAUGUUUAUCUUUCAAACAAUUCACUGGAAGGAGUUCCUUUAGAAGCUAACAUGUCAAACAUUUCCAACAUUGAAGAUAUUGACUUGAGUUCUUGCAAGUUAGGACCUCGUUUCCCCAAAUGGAUUCAAACAAUGAAAAAUCUUUCCAGAAUUAAUCUUGCCAAAACUAGAAUUUCAGAUAACAUUCCAGAGGACUUUUGGAAAUCGUGGCCUGCUCGUUUAAGAUAUUUGAAUAUCUCUUUCAACAAUAUUACCGGGAUAGUAACAGAUAUGUUAUCAAAUUUUGACCCUGUAGUUUCUUCUACCAUAGAUUUGAGUUCCAACAACUUUUAUGGUCAUAUACUAAAUGUUCCUUUCAGUUUGGAAGUGUUAGACCUCUCAAAAAAUAAUUUAUCUGGACAAAUCUUCUUUUUGUGCCAAAUUUUUGAUGGGCCUUUGACCUUUCUUGAUCUCUCACACAACUCAUUCACUGGACUAAUUCCAGACUGUUUGUGGCAUUUUACAGAACUUAAAGUUCUUAGCCUAGGGUAUAACAAUCUAUCUGGAAGGCUUCCUACUUCUAUUAAGUUUUUGAUCAAUCUUGAGGUCUUGUAUUUAUACAAUAACAGCUUCUCAGGAAAUUUGCCCUUAUCUUUAAAGAAUUUAACCCAUUUAACCUUUUUGAAUUUGGGGGCCAACAAGUUUUCUGGUUACGUGCCUGGUUGGAUCGGGGAAAGGUUAUCGGGGUUGUAUGCUCUUAUCUUAACAUCAUAUAAAUUCAUUGGAACCAUCCCUUCACAUUUAUGUGAGUUAGAAUAUCUACAAAUUCUAGACUUGUCAAUGAAUAAACUCCAGGGAGCAAUCCCCCUCAUGUCUCGGUAAUCUCACUUCCAUGGUUCAAGAUGGAUUAGGAGGCA